GAGAACAAGAUGACUCGUGACUUGCCCUCUCAUUAAUCUGAUGUCUGAAAAACCCCAAAAGUAAAAAGUCUUCUAAACCCAAAACGUCUCCCAAAUUCAAGUUUCAAAUAACACUGCUCCCCACGACACACUCCCCCCCUCACCCAACUACCCCAUCUUCAAAAUCUUCUCUCUCUACAACAAUGCCCGGUUUCCUGAAACAAUCUCUAUACUUCUCUACUACAGUACUACAUAUACAUAGACCAUAGCAAAUUUUAUCUCCAUUUCUUGUAAUUUUUUCUAUCUAGGUGUUACAUUAUUCUGUUCCUUAUAGGUAGCAAAAGAAAAGCUAGGGUUUUUGGAGCUUAUUUUUAGUAUUUUGGACUAGGGAUUUUGCAAUGAAUAGAAGUUUUAGAGCAGAGGAAUCUGGGCAAAGGCAGAGGCAGCCGCUAAUGGGGAGUAUUAGGAGCUCAGACGAGGAACUAUCGCUGUUUCUCGAAAUGCGGAGAAGGGAAAAAGAAAGAAAUAAUAAUCUUUUUCUUCAAAAACCUGACGAAUUUGAUAUCCUUGGAUCAAAAAAUGGUAGUUCACCAGCAUUUAAUAUUGCAUCAGCUGCACCCUUUCGGAGGACUCGUGCUGAUGAUUUCCUUAAUGCUGACAAUGAUAAAUCUGAUUAUGACUGGCUUCUAACACCUCCAGGUACUCCUCUUUUUCCUACUCUAGAGAUGGAAUCGCGAAAAACUGUGAUGAGUCAGCUGGGAACUUCUAGAGCUCAUCCCACUGCAUUGACAUCUAGAUUAACGAAUCCUCUACCAGAGGCCACCGCAAGAAGCAACAUAGAAUCUAGACAGCUAGCUUCCUCUUCUGGAUUAAACUCUUCAAGUUCAAGUCUUCGAAGACCAUCUUCUUCAGGUGGAUCAAGACCUUCAACUCCGACUGGUAGGCCAACAUUAAGCUCAUCUAGAUCCACCAUGACUUCAGCAUCUAGAUCCACAUCUAAUGCAGCAACCAAAGCAAUGACAUCCACUGCAACCUCUAAAACAAUGUCAACCACUACGACAUCUAGAUCAUCAAGGUCUGCGACACCUACUUCUCGUGCCACCAUGACUUCUGCAAAACCCACUGUUCCUCCAAGAUCUUCAACACCUACUGCAAGGUCCAAUGCAAGGUCAUCAACACCGACAAGCAGGGCCUCAAUUACUGCAUCGAAGUCCACAUCCAGGGCAGCAACUCCUACUCGUCGGCCAACGUCAAUGUCAAGUACAACAAAUACAACUGUUCCACCUGUUAAACCUUUGUCUUCCUUUUCGGGUACCAAGUCAGCUAUAACUGCAUCACGAAACUCUGCAGCCCCACGUGCCAGUUCGCCAACUGUGAAACCCAGACCAUGGAAGCCUUCAGAUAUGCCAGGGUUCUCCCUUGAUGCUCCACCCAAUUUAAGGACAUCACUAUCUGACAGGCCAGUUUCAGCUACAAGGGGCAGACCAGGGGCACCAAGUGCUAGAUCUUCAUCUGUUGAGCCAGCUUCAAAUGGAAGGAUCAGACGACAGUCAUGCUCUCCAGCAAGAGGACGUCCUCCUAAUGGUGUUGUGCAUAGCAGUGGAAGCUCUGUUCCUGUCCCAUCCAUGAGCCGACUACAUGCUAAAGCCAAUGACAAUGUUAGUCCUGUCUUGGUUGGGACCAAGAUGGUUGAAAGGGUAAUAAAUAUGCGGAAGCUGGUUCGUCCGAAGCAAGAUGACAAACAUUCUCCACAUAGUAACUUAUCUGCAAAGUCUUCGUCACCUGAUAGCUCAGGCUUUGGAAGAUCAUUAUCGAAGAAAUCCUUGGAUAUGGCUAUAAGGCAUAUGGAUAUAAGGCAAAGAAUCCCGGGUAAUCUGCGUCCAUUGAUGACUAAUAUUCCAGCAUCCUCUAUGUACAGUGUGAGAUCAGGGCCUAGUAGAAGCAGGACAAGCAGAUCAAUAAGUGUACCUGACUCUCCACUUGCCACAAGCAGUAAUGCUAGUUCUGAAGUGAGUGUUAGUAACAAUGCAGUGUAUUUCGAUGGAAGUGAAAUUGAUGAUGAUGUUAGCAGCGACAAAGGUGUUCGAUCACCUGCCAGUGUUCAUGGGAGGUGAUGAUUGGCCUUUCCUGCUCCAGGAUGCUUUCUUGUUUUGGAUCAGUGCCAGUAUGAGAGUUUUGACACCUGAAUAUGAUUGUUCACCGGAGUAAUGACUGAUUUGGUUCACUUGAUUAUGUAAAGAUUAAUGCACUACCUAGCUGUAUUUGAAUCCUUUGUAUCAUUAGUCCUGUUAAUGCCAAAUCCUCGUUAUUGCU